AUGUUGAUAACAGGAUUAGUCAACUGGCCUCACGAUGAUUCGGAACAAGAAGCCGGCUGGAUAGAAGGGGUGGCUAUCCUUGUCGCUGUAAUUGUCGUCGUUCUCGUUACUGCUCUCAACGAUUGGUCCAAGGAGAAACAAUUUAGAGGUCUCCAAUCGAAAAUUGAAACCGAGCACAAGUUCUCGGUAAUUAGAGGUGGACAGCCUAUAGACGUAGUUGUCAACGAUUUGGUGGUUGGCGAUGUCGCUAGAGUUAAAUACGGAGAUCUUUUGCCUGCUGAUGGUAUCCUCAUUCAAUCAAAUGAUUUGAAAAUUGACGAAUCCUCUUUGACGGGAGAAUCUGAUCUGAUUCGCAAAAGUUUUGACCAUGAUCCAGUGCUCUUGUCCGGAACACAUGCGAUGGAAGGAAGUGGACGGUGA